CCUCUUCCUGCCCCGCAUCGUCCUCUUCCUCUCUCGUGCUAGAAGUCUAGAACUGUCUAGUACCGUCUAAACCCCCACGAGCGCGUAGCCUCCUCCUCUCAAUGGCGCGGCUCCACCACAAUCUCUUCCGCGCGCUGGCCUCCCACCACCUCCUUCUCCCUCACCGUCUCCCUUUGUCAGCACGGCCGGCUCCCCUGCUCCACUCGCCGCCGCAGCCGCCUUCUCAUCCCCAUGGCCACAUCCCACCCCCUUUCCUCGUAACCGCCUCGCGGUACUACGCAGCGUCCACAUCCGGACGACGGAGGCGCGGGUCGCCGCCGCCCAUGUUGCUGAGGCGGAGAAGGGCGAGGCCGACGCGGAAGGGCCCCGGCGAGCUCAGCGUGCAGAUUGGCAUCGAAGAAGCCCUCCCCGACGACCCCCUCAUCCUGAGUAUCGCAGAAACACUUCAGACGGAUGUUGGGAAAGCAAUGAAGUUGGCCUUCGACAAUCUGGAAAGCUCGGAGUACAGGACCAGGGACACCUGUAUAAGCAAUGUGGAUAAGUACGCCAGUGUUGAAGUCUCUCUACUGCUUUGUGAUGAUAGUUUCAUCAGGAAGCUGAACAAGGAAUGGAGAGAUGAAGAUCACGCCACGGAUGUUCUGUCGAUGUCGCAGCAUAUACCAGGGCUUGAUAUCCCCAUUCUGCAGUUGGGUGACAUUGUAAUUUCUGUUGAGACAGCCCGGCGUCAAGCAGAAGAAAGAGGCCAUACUCUUCUUGACGAGAUCAGAAUUCUCAUGGUGCAUGGAUUAUUGCAUUUAUUGGGCUUUGAUCAUGAACUUAGCAAGGAGGCUGAAGAAGAGAUGGAGAAGGAAGAAGAACAUAUAUUAAAUACUCUUGAAUGGAAAGGGAAAGGACUCAUUAGGAGUGCAUAUUAUUUCAGUACCGAGACAGAUCAUUUAGAUAAUUCUGAUGAGAUCAAUAGAGGUAUAGAGAAAACGAGCCUGCGAGAGGGUCAUCAGCAAAAACUGACCCAUAUAAUAUGUGAUGUAGAUGGAGACCUGCAUCCAGAAUUGAGAAAGAGGAUAUCACGGGGAGUAAAUGUAAUCAUGGUUACUGGAAAGAGCCGGGCUUCCACCAUAAGAACUUUCAAGCUUCUUAAUUUUGGAGGAAAAAAUGACUUUAUAUCAGAGCAUUCACCUGGUGUAUUUCUACAGGGUUCACUUGUUUACGGGAGGCAUGGCCAAGUGAUUUAUAGAGCAAACCUGGAUAUGGAUAUAUGCAAGGAGGCAUGUCUGUACUCCUUGAAACAUAAAGUUCCUCUUGUUGCAUACUGCGAGGAACAAUGUUUGACAUUGUUUGAACAUCCUUCUGUUGACUUGUUGCACACUAUGCACCAUGAGACCAAGGUACAAGUGAUGCCUUCAAUUGAGGACCUCUUGGAAUAUUCAUCCAUUCAGAAGUUGCGUUUCCUUGGUAACGCGGAGGAAGAUUUAUCUGUUUUGGCACAGCAUUGGUCAAAAGUAACAGAAGGGAAAGCGCGUGUUAUCAAACCGCAGUCAAAUGCAAUUGAGAUUGUUUCCAGUAAUUCUUCAAAAGGUGGUGGUAUAAGGAUUCUACUUGAUCAUCUUGGAAUAACUGAAGAUUCUGACCUUGAUGCUGUUGGAGACUGUACCAAAUGGCUAAGCAACAAGUGAUCCAGCUGACAUGAUUAUUGAAGCAUUUGUUAGCAACAGAGUGGUGAUUGAGAGCUUGAGAUACUGGCAUGUAUGGAAUGCCCAGAAGCCUAUCCAUUUUGAACAUGUCUGGGCACCAUGAAAAGUCACAAGUUUGUACUGCCAUCCUUUAGGUAUGAAAAACAAAGGGUUUGUGCAUUUUGCAUACUUCAGAGAGUGGGUGUGGGUGUUGGAGUGGCAAGUUUGAUAUGUCCUUCAGGUAUCUUUCCUGGAGGUGAACUAGGAAGAAAAUCAUAUGAGCAUAUCCAUGAUUCCAUGAUGGCCAACACCAACUGAAAGCACAUUUUUCAACUUGUGGCAACCUUAUAGAACUAUUCCUGCUUCUGGGCAACGUUGUCAAGUUCAUCAUUCAUGCCAAUAUUGAUUUUCCACAGAUACUUGUACAGUUGUCAUUUGAUUUCUAAUUGUUGCUCAAACAAGGGUUCCCCUAUUGUGGUAAUGUGUUUAUAAGAAGAGAAUAGUGAGGUGUAGAAUCAUGGGCUAGUUUAACGGAAAGAACUAUAUGCAUUGAAUUUUGUUGAUUAUGAUCAACCCUUAAGACAAACCGGGUUGAUCCUUGAAGGAAAAACAGUUUGAACUUCCAUACGAAAGUGUACAAUGAGGACCGCAUGUUUGUGGAAAGACAAUGCUUGGCACGCUA